GUCCCACCAAGUCGCCGUCGCGAUCGGCUAUCACAUGCGGCAAGGACGGCAUGUCGUGAAUUCUUACAAGAGUCUCUUCGAUACAGUCUUUUACAGAAAUGAGCUGAAGGCUGCUGUUCAAGCCUUCCGCAGCAAGCUGCAGGUGAACAUCACCUUCACGCACCCUGCCAUGACACUUGAGGACAUGCACGCAGCAACUUCCGUCAUCUACGAAAGGGCACGGUUGCUGUCCCCAGUGUCAGAGAAGUUUCAGGAGACCACCACAUGGCGCUGGGGUGCUUGUGCCAAAGCGAACCUUGCUGUCGGUGCAUUCCAGCAUCUCCUCGACCCCGAUGGCGCUCGGUUUUUCGUCGGUCUUGGGCUUAUGUACUACGACGGCUUGGGCGUGGCCCGCGACUUCAAGAAGGCUCGGGAACUCUUUGAACACGGCACGGAGAGGGGCGACGCCAUAGCCAGCACCAAUCUGGGACUCAUGUACCAAAACGGGCAAGGCGUAACGCAAGACUUUCACAAGGCGAUAGAACUGUAUGAGCUGGGCAUCAAAAGAGGCGACAGCUUUGCCUUCAAUAGGCUUGGAUUCUUGUACGAGGCUGGAAAAGGUGUCGUCCAAGACUUCCGCAGGGCCAAAGAAUUGUAUGAAAUGGGCAUCGACAAGGGCAACGAGGCUGCCCGCUAUAGCCUUGGUCGCUUGUACCAGCACGGUCUGGGGGUGGCCCGCGACUUUCAGAAAGCACGGGAGCUUUUUGAGCUGGCCCAUACUUCUGGCGACCCUGAGGCACCCUUUGGCCUUGGAAGCAUGUACCAGUUGGGGCAAGGUGUGACGAAAGACUUCCUUGCAGCCAAAACUAUGUACGUGACGGGCAUCCAAAGGGGCAGCGUUUACGCUCCUGCUGCCCUCGGCAGCUUGUACCACGACGGCUUGGGGGUGGCUCGUGACUUCAAGAAGGCGCGGGAACUCUAUGAAUUCGGCACAGACAGGGGCGACCCCGCAGCCAGCACCAAUCUGGGACUCCUGUACCAGUACGGGAAAGGCGUAACGCAAGACUUUCACAAGGCGGUAGAACUGUAUGAGCUGGGCAUCAAAAGAGGCGACAGCUUUGCCUUCAAUAGGCUUGGAUUGUUGUACGAGGCUGGAAAAGGUGUGGUCCAAGACUUCCGCAGGGCCAAAGAAUUGUAUGAAAUGGGCAUCGACAAGGGCAACGAGGCUGCCCGCUAUAGCCUUGGUCGCUUGUACCAGCACGGUCUGGGGGUGGCCCGCGACUUUCAGAAAGCACGGGAGCUUUUUGAGCUGGCCAUGGAAGGGGGCGACUCUUCGGCCUUGGUUGGUCUUGGCAGCAUGUACCAGUACGGGCAAGGUGUCGCACAAGAUUUCCACAGGGCCAAAGAACUGUAUGAGAUGGGCAUUGACAAGGACAAUGCUGAGGCACCCACUGCCCUCGGGAACAUGUACUACCACGGCCUCGGGGUGGCCCUUGACUUUCAGAAGGCGCGGGAGCUUUUUGAGCUGAGCCUGGAAAGGGGAUUGCCCGGAGCCGCCACAGGCCUUGGACUCCUGUACGAGAAUGGGCACGGUGUAGCACAGGAUUUUCAUAAGGCCAAAGAGCUGUAUGAGAAGGGCAUCAACCUCGGCGACAACCUGGCCCCCGAACUUCUUGGACGCAUGUACCGCGAUGGUGUCGGGGUGUACGAGCAUUGGGACAAGGCCAAGGAACUCUAUGAGAUGGGCAUCGAGAGGGGCAGCGCUGAAGCUGCGACAAGCCUUGGGUACCUUUACCAGCAGAUGGCUCACGUCUUUAAGACGUCUGCUAAGUAUUCCCCCGUCGAGCGAGAGGAUUAUCAAGGUAUAGCCUUACGCAAGGCCAAAGAGGUCUACGAGUUGGCCAUUUCGCGGGGUAGCACUUCUGCUUUGCGGUACCUGGCCCUUCUGUACAAGACCGAUCUGAAAUCCGAUAAGCUGGCUUGUCAGUGGAUGGCCAAGGCAAAAUCGGCCGGGGAUGGUCAGGCUGCCGGCAAAUUGGCCGACUGGCAUUGCUGA